AUGAAUGAUCUGUUUCAUUUGAAUCCAAACUCUGCUCCCAUUGAGACGAUUGACUACUGCGAGAGCGUAAAGACAGAGACAGAUCCACACAAUGCCAGCGCCACAGAUAUGAUACAAGUGAUGAUCACCAGUGACUUACAGCCAGUGGUGUACUUCAUCAUUGACAACAAUGAAGAGGAAGAUAACGAGCGAACGAAGAUCUCAUUCGCCGACAACUCAAACAAAAAUUUUAAGAUCCCUUCGACUACUAAAUCCUCAGGUGGUAUCAAAUCAUGUCAGUUGGAUUAUUUGGUUCACCCGUUGGACAGGAAUAUUGCGGGCAUUUUCGUACUGACAUUAUUCUUCACAUUAUUGGCAAUACUAAGUGGAGUACCGAUAGUGUUAUGUCUGUUCAUUUUGGUGCCGAUCACAGUAUUAGUGAAGCGAGUGUUUGCCUGUCAUGUACUGUCAAAUGAGACCCACCAGAAGAUCGGACCCAUUGAUUCAUUUUGGCUCAAUUCCGGACACAUCACACAUUGCCUUCUCUACAUCGAUAAAGGCUUGUCUAUUGAACAGUUACGGGACAUCAUCUCAACCCGACUCCUGGCCCGACCAGAACUCAUACGAUUCCGGUCUCGUCUCAUAUAUAAAGGCAUUUCCCGCUCUCCCUAUUGGAAAGUCAACCAUAAUUUCGAUACAUUAGAUGAACACAUUGUAGAAGACGAGCCAAUACUCAACAAAAAAUCUCUGCGGCAAAGACUCAUACAAUUAAUGUCUCAAACACUUCCAUCAGAUAAGCCUUUGUGGCAAAUCCGCUAUGCAUUCGCCCAAUACUGCAAUCAAGUCGUGCUUAUCGUUCGCGUCCAUCAGUCCCUCUCUCAAUCAGGUCUCGUCUCAAUACUCAUCCAAUACCUGUCCGAUUCUCCGCCCCCGCAGUCCACUAUCAAAGCCCGUUUCGGCGGAUCCACUCUUCCCAUCAAUAUAUUCAGAGCUGUAAUUGUGGGUCCGCUCACAUUCUUCCUGUGGAUUGUUUGGGCAUUUACUCGAAGACAUCACAAUUACCUCAAGAAAUCAAAAAACAAAUCAUUCAAAUCUAUUUAUUGGACUGCUGUUGAUCUGCCCCGGGUUUACAGAGUCAAGCAAGUAACACGAAGCACUUUAAAUGAUCUCUUGAUAUCAACGAUCUCCGGAUCAAUAAGAGCUUACCUCACGACGAGAGCCAAGAUAUUAAACCCUCCCGACCUUAAUAUAUCGAUUCCCAUUGAUAUUUGUCCAAACAAUCACUCGGACGACAGUCUUGUGGGCGUUAAUUAUGUCUUAGGCGCAAUUCCCCGACUCUGGGAAGUGAGACAUCUCAUGGAAGAGCUUAAGACUUCGGCCGACACUGCGGUCAUGUACGAAAUUCCUCUCUAUAUUGGACCGGACAGUAAUGUCAGUAUCGGUUCCUAUCGUCUCAACAAAGUCUUAUACUUCAUGUCUGCGCCGUCUUAUUGUUCACUUGUAUUCAAUGUGUUUUCAUUUAAUGGUAAACUUUAUAUCUCCAUCUGCUCGACAUCCCAAUUGAUUCCAAGUGCUAAACGUUUAGCAAAGCUUUUUAAAAUACAACUCAAUCGACUGUCCAUUUUGUUGAGCCGUAGAAGAGUUCCCGGAGAGUCCCGGAGACGGCGAAAGAGUCACAUUCCUUUCGAAUCACCCCUUUAUGCCAACCCAUCGCCCGAUGGGGUCAUAGAUCUGACCAACAAAUUACAUGAAGUCCAGUAUGAGUUGCAUAAACUGACCGAACAGUUCGAUACCGGAGAACCCGCUUUCAUCAAGAGAUACGAAGAACUCAAAGACGAAUUCACAGGUCUUUUGUUUGAAAUGAGACGAAGAAAAUCGAUUGUAGAUAAAGGGACUAAUAUUCUCAUCAAUAUUGAGGACGAAGACGACGACGACAACGACGGAGAGCUGAGACCUCCUCCGCCCCGAAGAUUCUCAGUCGUGAGUUAUGGCCGGAGAGCGAGUGCGAGCUUUGUGUCGAGUUUGCCCCCCUCUUCGUCGCGGGUGACGCCACCCAUUCUGUCGCGUCGAGCGAUGGCCACAUCACCCGAACCUCCGAGCAGUCCUGAAGUGGCGUUCAAAAGCGAAACUGAAUGUUAAUGUCUUUUCAAAAUAAGUGAUAUAUAUUUGUCAGUCAUUCAAGUCUUUCGAUUUGCAGCAAAAAACAUAUUUUUUGAUUAUUUCUAAUCAAAAAAUUCAACACA